UCAUCACAAAUAGCCCCAAAUUCAAAGCUUUAGGACGUUCACGUUCGUCGUUUCGAUGAUCAACUCUCACCCCUUUCAAAAAUUCCAAUCCCUAACGUUUUUCUGUCGCUCCCAAUUAUUGCAUCGAAAAAACCCUAACUUCCCAAAUAAGCAAAAGCAGCGUGCUUCAAGACCUUCACUUUUCAGUCUCUGACAUUCAAUUCUCUUCCCUUCUCGCAGAAUUAGGGUUACGAUUGCCUUGUUCAAUGGACUCAGACGUCGACGUUUCGCGAUGGGUCAUCGAGCUCCUUCUCCGAGACCGCGAGAAGGAUUGCAUUGCCAAGAGGGUCCUCGCAGUCGCACCCUUCUCCGACCAAGACUAUCGCUUGAAGAAGACGGUGCUCCUCCGAACCAUCGAGUGCGAGGUAUACGAAGCUUCGGUCUCCGAAUCGAUCCUCGAAACGCUUGAAACGAUUGAGGAUUUGGAUAUCAGAGAAGGCAUUUCCACCACGGAAUCCAUGAAAGCCGCCUACUGCGCCGUGGCCACUGAGUGUACGGUCAAGUUCUUGGUGGGUUUUAUGGGAAAGCCUAGUGGGAAGUACUUGGAGGCCGUGGAUCGCAUUUGGAGAGGGAGGGUUAGGGUUUUGGAAAGGUCUGGGAGGAGCCAGCUGGUAUCGGCGGAGUUGAGGCAUCGAAUGGAUGAGGUCGAGGCAGGGGUUUGGGAUUUGAGAGUGUCGAAGAAGCUGUCGAGGAUGAACACGAGGAAUGAUGCGCUGAGAUUGCUUGCAGUUUAUGUGAAAGCAGCUUUGGCGUUGUUGGGACCUCCGUUUAUUACUUGGGCUAUUAGAUUGAAUGUGCCCAAGGAAGUUGCUGACUUGGAAGCUGAUCAGAUUACAGUGGCCAAUGAGGCUAAUGUUGGUUGUGGGUCUGAAGUGGAGGGGCAAAAGAAGAAGGGGGCUUAUGCGGGUGACGGGCCUGAAUUGGAGGUACAAAUGGCGAAUGGGGAUAGUGUGGGGGCAGAUGUGUCUGAAUUGGAGAAUCAAAUGGCGAAUAGGGCUAACGUGGGUGGUGAUGGUGGGUCUGAAUUGGAUGCUCAAAUGGCAAACCAGGCAUACGUGGGGGUGCGUGGGUUGGAUUUAGAGGCUGAAACGGAGAAUGAGACUACUGUGGGUGGUCGGUCUGAUAUGGAGGUGCAAAUGGAGAAUGGGACUGAUGCGGGUGAUGGAUCUGAAUUGGAGGAGCAAAUGGUUAAUGGGACUAAUGUGGGUGACGGGGAUCAAUUGGAGGAGCAAACUAGGAAGGAGGCUAAUGUGACUGGUGACUCUGAAUUGGAAGCACAAAUGAUGAGUGGAGCUAGUCUGGUUGAUAGGUCCGAGCCAGAAUCACAAACUGUUAAUGGGACUAAUGAGGGUGUUCGGUCACAAGGCAGGCACAAACCGAAUGGAUCUAAUGUGGGCAGUCAGUCUGCAUUGGAAGAGCAACCAUUGAAUGAGACAAAUUUAGUUGAUGAGUCUGAAUUAGGUCCCAUUUCAGUUGCAGUCCCAUUGAAAGAAGUUCGGGCAGGGAGCUUGCCUAGUGCGAAUGGGGAACUGGAUCUCAGUAUUGACCAUACCACGAAAGAUAAAGAAAAUCAGAGUGCUGUGCCUAGACACAAGCACCUUGCUCAUAGACGCACUAGAGGACCAAUUAGGAUUGGGGAUGCUGAAGAUUCAAGCACAGAGGUACCAAAUAGAAAAUUUGGUUCCCUUUCUUCCCCUGAAGUUAACAAAGCACAAGAAGCACUUAAAUCCAGUAUUUCAGAGCUCCAAGAAGUAGUGACUGAUCCACUUCCAGAUGCAUUAAGAGUGUCCGAGACCGUAAGAUCUGGUUUGGCAGUGAGAUCUGCAAAUCAUGUCAAUGGAAAUGUUGGUGCAGAUAAUCCAUCUAUCGAGAAGGGUGCUGGGCCUGUUCAAUCUAAUAAUGAUAAUGUCGGAAAUCUGCCAUCCAGACAUCAGAAUGAUCCUCAAUCUAGUGGAAUAGAAAAGGAUGUACCAAAUCCGCCUGUCGACCAGGGAGGCACUGAGUCUGUUCAAACUGAUGCUGCCAAUCUUAGAAAUGCUUCUCUCAAUAAUCAGAAUAACGUGGCUCGUCCUAGCUUGAUGGAACGUAAUAGUACUGCCUGUACUUUCGAGUGGGAGGACUCAAUAGAUACAUCACAAGAAGGAACAAAGAAAGAUGCAGGCAGGCUUCACCUCCCGAGCCCAAAGAGGACUGCUGUUUCUCCAUUGAAGAAGUACGGGAAUGUCAAAUUGACUAAGAGAAGAAAAGUUAAGAGAUGGAGCUUAUUGGAAGAAGAAACCUUAAGGACUGGUGUACAGAAGUAUGGAAAAGGGAACUGGAAACUUAUCUUGAAUAGCUACCGCGAUAUAUUCGAAGAGAGAACUGAGGUUGAUCUAAAGGACAAGUGGAGAAACAUGGAAGGGUAGCGGCACCUGUGAAUUGUCAGCUCGGUUGUAUUUUGGUCAUCUGGUACCUUAUCGGACGUGUACAUUAACUUUUUACAUAUUUGUACAACUACAGGAUGUGGAUGAAAGAUGUUUUUUGUAGUGUCCUUUUAUCAACUAGUACUAAUGUACGAUAGUCUAGUGGUAUUUUUUUUUUCACUUGUAAAUGAGAGAUUUUAGGUUUGACUCUUAUGACGUGUUUGAUAUUGAAACAUUAUGUGGCUUGACCUAAA